AGAGAAAUAUGAAGUUGUUGAUAGGGUAAGUGUUUUUAUUCACUGGAAUUUUUCCUUAAGGGUGCAGAGUGACCAAUACGGUAUUAGUGAUACUACGUCCCGAACUCAAAAGGAGUUCUAAUUUAUUGUUUUGGUUUGCCUAAAUUUAGAUACAAUUGUAUCUUUACUUUCAAACAGUCUUAAGCGAGGAAGUCGAAAAUCAAAGGAAAGGUGUGGUGUCUUUGGCUCUGGCGGGAGAACGUGCUGGAAACAUUUUGAGGUUACCGUCGCGAAUUGACCGCCAUAGACUGCAGCGGUUCAUUUUGUCAGCUCCGAUAAGAUUUUGUGCUCUGCACUGCUGUUAUCCAGAUACACCACUUUUUCGCAUGGCGAAAGCUGUAUAUGCGCUGGGCUUACUAACAUCCGAAACUACACGGUUUCGAUUGAAAGCACACAACGGUAGGUUUCAUUAUACCGAACUAUGCCAUGCGUAGCAAGUGAUCAGAGAUUUUGGGUGUUUUUGUUGGCCUCUAUUUCAAAUGAAACAAAGUUACUAACAGCAAUUCGCUUCUCAACGUUGACGCAAUUUGUUGUAUCCCAAAGGAACUGAUAUGGAAAAUCGGUAUCAGCUUAGGGGCUACGGCAUACCGGAGGACCAGCUUCCUUUGACUAGUAGUGGAAAAGUUAAACCUCAAAAGGUUCACCAAUGGAUCAAUAUUCGAGCAACGAUAGAAAGGAAAAGAAUGGAAGAAGGCGUUUUCACGAUGGGUCAGGACGAUACCUCCAUCAUUGAAUGUCCAAGGUUGAAUGAUGUCGCAAUGAGACCCGGCAAGUCUUAUCUGUGUCAUCCAGGCAAUGUCAGAUUCAAAGAAUUGCUCGACAAAUACAUGCACGAACAUGCUGCAGCCGAUCGAAGAGGAAAGGACAAAAUUUCAUGGGGGAUCAUCGACGAGAUUGAACAAUGGGGUGGACGCUUUUUAGAGUGGGACAAUGUUGCUUGUUUUUGGGUUCAAAACAAGGACAGAAACAAUGUUCGAACCAAGAUCCCGGUCUACUUUCGGGAUCACAAGAGAAAUACCAGGGGGAAACGAAGAAAAGAAAAGCAGUUAUUGAACGAGAUGGCUUCUGCCUCAAUGGAUGUCACAAAUCCUCUGAGAUUUCACGAAAAAAAGAGAAGACUUUUUAUAGAUAAGAAUAUCGAUACCAGCUGCUUAUGUUGGACAUGAGCUUUCAUUGUGGAGUGUUUGCUUCUUGGAGAGUUCGUACUACUAGAACCAUUGAGUAUGGUUCCUCAAUUAUUAUAUUCAAUAUCGAUAACGAACUGCAGCAACCAACAGAGAGUGAGGUGUCGCAUAUGUCUCUACAAGAAGAGAACGAAACAAAAACACGUCUCUAUC